GCAACCCCUCACCCCUCCGAACAGAUCCUUCGGUCCCUUGGUUUGUGUUUGCGAAGUUUGUGUGUUUGUUGGCGGUCCUUCUGAUACCCAUGAUAACAGGUUUCCUUCUGUGCGGCUGAAGGAAGCAGUCUCUCCGCUACCGUACAGCACUUCAUUGCCAUCCUUGUUCUACCGGUAUCUCAUCAGGAAAGAGGUCAACAUGGAUGCCACGUUCCACCCGCUACCGGGCAGCAUCGCCGAGAAGUCUACGUUUCCUCCUGGUACCUCGUGCCUCUUUGUCGAAAACCUUCGGGAUAACAGAUUAAGCAACUUCAAGCGAGGAACUGUGGAAGAAGUGGGCUUGAAUUUUGCAGCCUCGCAGGGAAGAGGGCUCCUGUACAAAAUUAUUGGGGUAGGAGACAAUGCAGUGUUUUGUCAGGAAGAGCAAGUUUUGUUUGCCCCACGCACAAAGGUGACAAUCACCUUGAGAAGCGCUGAUUGUUCCCAGCAACUUAACGGGAUCAUUUUGGGAUCAUCAUCUGUGGAUGAUCCAGCUACAGAUGAUAAUGCCUCCUCUGGAGUAAAAUACGAAUUGCAGGUGACAAGGGGUGCUUUUACUAGCAUCUAUGCCAAUGUAUCUCCCCAAGACAUUGCCUACCGAGCCACUUCUACUAGUACUGGAUCAACAGCCACUGCAAGCGCUGCCAGAGAGUCUGGGAAAACUGCUGUAGCUCCUACUGAAAAUGAUGAUGCCAUUUCAAUUGAUGAUGAUGACACCGUACAAGACGGGGAGGACGAAUGCGUUGCAAUUAUGGCACAACAACCCGAAGAGGCUAGCCAAGGCGCUUCAGCAGCAGCAUGUUCCACCAAAGAAAUUUGCGAUCAGCCAGGACCAAAAUUAGAAUCGCCAACCAUUGAUGAACCAGAUGUAUUGAAAGAACCUGAUGACAAGAGCUAUUACGAGUCAGCGGCCCCGGAACCAGGUAGCAAAACAGAUCUUCUGGAAUUGGAGACUAAUGUCAAACUAUCUCCAAAAGAGGAAAGUACUCGACCUGACCCAGCAACUGCUUCAGAACUCCCAUCUUACGACGAGUCAAUUGAACGAACAAGCCAAGAGGCUGAAAGCAGAAUCAGCCUUGACAACCAGCAUCCUCGUCCAGACUGCUUGGCUAAUGCUGAGGAUGCACAACAUUGUCUCGAACAGCCAGAAACCUCAAACGAUGGAUUUGCCAUCAACAACCAAAAUCCAUAUCCAUUUCAAAACAUAUGCCAGGGAGAGCGCCAUGAUACUUACUCUGCCCAAGGGUUACUGCGGCCGUAUUUUCGCGUAAAAAUCACCACCAUGUGGCCUUUCAGUGAUUUGUGCUUGAACUAUCAUUUGAACGGUGUGUGCAAGCGCGGUAGAGGUUGUGCGAGAGCAGACAGCCAUCGGGACUUGACGCGAAAUGCGGCCAAGAGAAUGGAAAGAGUUCUUGCCCCGGUCACAUCUCCAGAAGGACCGAUUUUUUCUGCCAAGCGACAAAACGGUGAUAAAGAUGUCAUCAGCAACAACUACCAACCAAAUCCGUUCCGAAGAAUUCGUCGCUCUUCUGAGAAUCGCAUCAUAUUUGCCAGAUCCCACCUCAAACAGUGUUGUGGUGGCCGCUUCCCGUUACCAGGAUUCUGCAUGCAUUUCCAUUUGAAUGGGAUAUGUCCUAAGGGGCAUCUCUGCAAGUGGUUGGAGAACCACCGUUACCUGACAAUAGAAGAAGCUGAUGAAAUCGAACAAGUGCUCCAGCCUGUCAUCGGUGCAAAUGGGCCCAUCUAUGCGAAAACACGAAGUGCCGAAAAGAACAAGAGAAAACUCCUGUCGGAAGAAGGCGCUCCACAGGACAAAGAUAUGGGUGUCUCGUCGUCGGCUUCUAAGCGUCGUUCCCUUACAACGGAUCCCAAAUGUAACCAAUCUUCUUCGAAUGUGCAAUCUGAUGGCGAAUCCUCAACCGACGACGAGUCAAAUGCGAGAUUGGAACCUGAUGUACGGACAACGCAAGAGCAUGAAGUUGACCAAACAGAGAUGGUGGGAAACAUUGCUUACAAUCUGCAGCCAAACCCAUUUGACAGCAUCCACCGCAAUACUUACAAUCACAUUGUCAAUGCAAAGAUCCGCCUACAGAAUUAUUAUGGGCAUCAUCCUUUCACGGGAUUCUGCCUGCAUUUCCAUUUGAAUGGGCGUUGUAUAAAAGGAGUACACUGCUCUCUUGCUGAAGAUCAUAGAAGUUUGACAAUCGACGAAGCUCGACAAAUUGAGCGAACGCUGAAGCCAGCCAUUGCUCCAGAUGGACCAAUCUACUCGAGGACACGUCGAGCAGCGGCCGAUGGAGAACCACAAUCGCCAAAGAAACGCAGAAGAGGCAAUCCUAAAAGGAGGUGCAGUUCUCACUAUGAGAGAAAUCCAGACGACGAAGAUGCACCAUGCUCUCCUUCAAAGCGCCUUUGUUCAACCAAAUUGGUAGACCACAACGUUAGUAUCGAGGAACAAAGCAAUCGACGAGGAAGUUGCACUAGGCCUAGCAAUGGCAGCACGGUGUCAACAGCCGAAAUCCAUCAAGCAAUUAAGUGGACGCCACCACAGUUGAUGACCCAGCAAUCCAAAUCAAAGAUUUCGUUGACUUUGCCUGCCCAUACUUUUGGUGUGGACUUCUUUGAGAAGAAUAUAAUUGGACCCCAGGGCACAAGAGCAAAACAUCUUGGUGAGCGUUUUGGAUGUACUGUUGAGCUCCAUGGGAAGGCAUGGGAGCACAGAUCAGAAUCGCCUCUGUCGUCAGCAGAUUCUGUCUUGCAUGUGAGACUUACUGGGAAGAUUACAGAUCGUCUGGUGGAUUGUGCAAGAUUGAUUGAAAAGCUGCUUGUCAGGGCAAUGGUACCAGAGCUUCGUGGAUUCUUCAUGUUCCGUUUGUCCAGCCUCAACCAGUGCAAAGCAGGCAACCAACUAGUUGUCCACUCACCAAGUCAAGACAAGGUUUAUCGUGUUGACAACCUUGCCACCUUGCUUGAAGGAGUAGUAGGCGAAGACCAAAAGUAUCUUACUGUUGUCAGUGAUGGGCCUGUUGCGGACCACAAGGGCAGGCCCUUGGAUCCAGUGGUAAGCAGGCUCAAGACUCUUCAGGAGUGCCACCGUUCCUGUAAGGUUGAGAUCUGUGAAAGAAGCCAAGCAUAUCCAAACAUCUUUCGUUUCAUUACCAUCUAUGGAUCCACCCAUUUGGAUGUAUUGACCUGUCGGAAUAGCAUUAUACAGGUUGCAGUUACUGGUACCUAACGCACUUAAUUAAAUCUUCCAGCUUUCAUG